UUAGCAUUGAUUCGAAGGGACAAGGUUGGAUUCCUCAACCACUAAACCAACCUCCCUUGUCUUUUUAACUAUUGUUCAUAUGCAUAAUUUGAAUACAUUUUCAAUCUUAUCACCCUUAGUGAAGAUUCUCAUAUAUUUUGAGAAUUUGACCAGCUCCCACAGAUACGAAAAUAGUUUCAACAAACAAGAAUUUUCCAAAAUCUGCUCACAUUCAACAAAGAAUGGUAUCCUUGAAAGCAAUGGGUAGACUUGUUGUGAAGUCUCAAACAUCAAAAGGAAGGAACUCUAGAAAAAAGGGGAUGGCCAACACCUUCAUAGAACCUACUCAUCUUUUUGUACCUUGAGAAGGUUCCAAAACUUGUUCCUUACUUGUCUAUUUUCUCUUCUCAAGUCUCUUCACACAAACAACCAUGGAAAAACCUCCUAGAUUCAAAUCGACAGUGAUCUUCUUCAUCAUCAUUUCCCUCUCCCUUGGCUUAAUUUCCUUUCUCUUGUGUAUAGCCGCUGAGAUAAAGAGGAAUAAGGAGGAGGAUCUCAGGUGGAAUGGGAAACUAUGUUAUUUGCCAUCAAGCAAGGCAUUUGGAUUGGGGAUUGCAGCUUUAGUUAGUGUCUUUCUUGCCAUGAUCAUUGGGAAUUCUAUAUUAUUAAAUUAUUCUUGUUGGAGAAGCAAAAGUAAAUCCCAGUACAAGAUUCCUUCCUCUGCAAAGGUUCUGAUUUUGAUAUCUUGGGCAAGCUUUGGAUUUGCAGCUAUUUUAUUGAUUGCAGCCACAAGCAUGAACAGAAGGCAGCCAUAUAGGGUUGGUUGGUUGAAUGGUGAGUGCUACCUAGUCAAAGGAGGAACUUAUACAGGCUCAGCCAUAUUGGUCCUGGUUACAGUGUGUUCUUUAAAUGCUUCAGCUUUCUCAACAAUAAAAUCUAGUCAAACAAAUCAGCAUACAAAGAUGCACAAACAAACUGGGUGACCUUGUUUUAAACACAUUUUUUGUGUGAUGAGAAGAAGAAGAGGUUUUGGAGAGUGGAAUAUUUGAGCAACUACACUAGACGCCAGCAAAUUGGAGAGGCAAAAUUCAAAGGUCAACAAAAUGAGGCCAAUGAGAGGUUUCCAAAGGAAUCCAAUUCUUUUAUUUAUUAUUAAUUGUGAAAAAGAGUUGACAAAGUCCAGAGCUAGCCACUAACUGGCUUAUGCAAUGUCCACAGGCAUCCUUUUUGUUUUCAAUUUACACCAAAAAGUGACACUUUAUCUCUCCACAUUUUAUGUGAUGGUGACUCCCUUGUACAGGAACCAUAUAUAUAUAUAUAUAUAUAGAUAGUGGGAAGGAAUUCAUUA